AUGUCGCAUAUAACCACCUCGCUCGCGUACUCGACGGACUCUGCGGGCAUGCACCCCUCACACACCCUUCCGAUCAAGCUCCGUGCUAUCGCGGCUGCAGGAUUCAGUCAGGCUGAACUCGGCUUUCCCGACCUCGAGGCUUACGCGGAGCAGGAGUUCUCCGGGUACCGGAAGUUGGAUGAUCACGGCAACGGCGACCUCGACAAGCUCCUCCAGGCGGCCGGGAAAGUUAGCGAGCUUUGUAAAGAGCUCGGGCUCUCAAUAUUGGCGGUGCAUCCCAGGUUCUCGCAAUUUGAGGGAUACGAAGACGCGCAAAAACGGGCGAUUGGAUUCGAGCGGGCCGCCGCAUGGUUCAGAGUUCUCAAGGCUUUGAACUGCCAAUUACUGCAAAUGGGCUCUACUCCCGACCCAUCGACAAGCAGUGAAUAUGAUGUCAUCGCGCGCGACUUGAGACAGCUCGCGGACGAAGCAGCCGCCCAAGACCCACCAAUCCGCAUCGCAUAUGAGAUGUGGGCUUGGGGCGUUCAUGUGAACACAUGGGAGCACACCUGGGAGGUCUGCAAGCGCGUCGACAGGCCAAACUUCGGCCUCUGUCUGGACACGUUCCAGAUAUGCGCACGCGCUUAUGCUGACCCAACGGUUGCCAACGGGCUCCUCCAACAUUCACCCGAGGGCUCCGCAAUUCUGCACCUCGCUUCCUCUCUAAAGGCGCUCGCUAUCACUCUACCGCCGGAGAAGAUCUUCUACCUCCAGAUUUCCGACGGUUCGCGCAGGGUCACGCCCGAGGCGUUGGAGAAGAGCGCGGAGGAGCAGGGUAUCAGUCCGCUGUAUGCGUGGUCCAACGCAUGGCGCCCGCUCCCCAACAUGGACACCGUCUGCCCACGGGGAGGCGGGAAGACCUGGGGUGGCUACCUUCCCGUUAUUGAUGUUUGUGAGGCAGUGCUGAGGACUGGCUGGCGCGGUCCGUGGUCGUAUGAGGUGUUCUAUGAGGAGGAUAUGUCGAGGAAGGACGGCGACAUUCCGACAAAAUGGACGGAGGCGGCGAUAAACUGCCAUUGGUUGCUCGCGAGACAUCUUCAGGAGCGUGGAUACUAA